AUGAAACCAUCUGUGCAUGUUAAGGGUCUGGUGCUCAGGAACAGAAUGGGUGUGGAGACAGGCAUGAGAACUUUUGGGGACGAUGAAUUCACACCUCUCAAAGUCGUCUUCUACCCGCACGUCUUCCACAUUGCAACAUUGCAGACGCACGCCCUCGCGAUCCGCCCUCGAGAGCCGCCCUCGCGAGCCGCCCUCGAGAGCCGCCCUCGCGAGCCGCCCUCGCGAUCCGCCCUCGCGAUCCGCCCUCGAGAGCCGCCCUCGAGAGCCGCCCUCGCGAGCCGCCCUCGCGAGCCGCCCUCGCGAUCCGCCCUCGAGAGCCGCCCUCGCGAUCCGCCCUCGCGAGCCGCCCUCGAGAGCCGCCCUCGCGAGCCGGCCUCGAGAGCCGCCCUCGAGAGCCGCCCUCGAGAGCCGCCCUCGCGAGCCGCCCUCGCGAGCCGCCCUCGAGAGCCGCCCUCGCGAGCCGCCCUCGCGAGCCGCCCUCGCGAGCCGCCCUCGAGAGCCGCCCUCGAGAGCCGCCCUCGAGAGCCGCCCUCGCGAGCCGCCCUCGAGAGCCGCCCUCGCGAGCCGCCCUCGCGAGCCGCCCUCGAGAGCCCCCCCGCCCUCCGCGCCCGUGCCGAUCCCCCGGAAGAAGUCAUUACUGCCGCCGCCAUUUAUCACUCCAUCGCCCCCACACCUGCGCGCCGACCGCACUGUCGCCGCCACAGUGCCGUCGCCUCCGAGCCCGGGGUCGUACCUAGACAAGCAGCCCUUAAUCGAAAAUGUCAAGAACACGACCCCCCCCCCCCACCGUACCCCGCGGGUCCCUGA